CCCCUCCAUCCACAUCGCCGCGCCUGCACCACCGCACGCUGUGCCUUGCCCAUGCCGCCCUCACGCUUCGCCGCGUCGCCCUGGCGCAACCUCGUCGCCACGCCCGCCAAGCCCGGCGCCGGCGCAGGGCGGCACGAAGAGCUGCCUCUCGCGGCCCCGGCCUCGGGCGAUGCAUCCGCCGCCGCUCUGCUGGCGCUCACGCCCGACGGCCAGGCGCUGCUGGUGCGCGGCAGCAGCGCCGGCACGCUGCUGCGCCUCGACGUGCGCGCGUCCAAGCGCCACAACAAGGCGGCGCCGCAUCUCGCGGCCGCGCCGCCGGGCGAAAGCCUGGCGGCGUGGCACGUGGCGCCGUUCGACUCGCACGACGACUCGGCGAUGCUGGCGGCGGGCGGCAGUGCCGGCUCCGUUGCAGUGCGGCAGCUGGGCUCGGCUGCGCAUGCGUCUCUCGACGCGCCCGUCGUGGCAAGUCUCGCCUCCUCUGAACGCGCACACUGCAGCAUCGCCGCAUGGCACCCCACCAGCGCCGGCUUGCUGCUGGUGGGCACCGGCAGGCAACUGCGCGUAUGGGACAUCAAGACUGCAGAGGCGUCGCUCAAGUGGAAUGUGGACGCUGCGGAUGCGAGUGCUGCUGCGACUGCGGGCGCGUGGAGCCUCGACGGCACCGUGGUGGGCGCGACAGACUCGAGUGGCUCUGUGCGCUUGUGGGAUCCGCGUGCCGGUGUUGAGCCUGUUCUUACGACGAGCAAAGUGCACGCUCCCGCCCGCCCCACUCGCUUCACGUUCACCGCGAGCGGCUCGCACAACUUCCUCAGCACGGGCUUCUCCUCUACUCGACAGCCCGAGUGGGCGUACUAUGACGUACGCUCUCCCUCCUCUGCGGCCCAGCGUUUGGCAUACGACGGCACCUCUCCGCUCGAGCCAGUCGUCGACAGUGAUCGUUCCAUCGUCUACUUCACCUCUCGCACUUCUUCAGCAUUGCACUGGGCCGACCUCAAUGCCUCCGGCACGCAGGGCACACAGCCACUCUCCUUUGCCGCCGGUGGCGCUGCUGCUCUUGCGCCCGUGGCGCCCUUACUGGACGUGAUGCGAGGAGAGAUUGCGAAGCUCUAUGUGCCCUCGCCGCCGGGCGCCGGAGGCGACGCAAUCGUGCCCGUCAGCGUCGUCGUGCCGAGACGGCAGUACAUCGACUUCCACAGCGACUUGUUUCCCGACACGAUGGACUGGAGGGACACGCCGCACACCGCUGGACAGUGGCUGGAGGGCCAGAAUAAGAAGCUGGCGAUGCUGCAGCUUGAUCCGAAGCUGCGCAAGGCCGCGCCGGAAAAGAGACAGCCGACGCAGCCGAUGCAGAGUCAGGCUGCUUCGGUCGCCGCUGCUGCUCCGAUUGUGCCUACAGCAGCAUUGCCGGCCUCGAUGCAACAAGCACAAAGACAAAUGCCGCAAGCUGCCUCUGGGCCUGGGAUGGCGCAGAGCAUCACUCCGACACCCGCAACAGCUGUCGCCGCCGAGACCGCUGCGCCUUCGAGUACGGCCUCGCAGCUCUCGCAGCCCUCGCAGCCUGCACAGCCCUCGCAAGAUGCACAGCCGAGCAGUGUCGAGACGACUGCACGUCAAGCACCUAGCAACGGUGCUUCCGCCGGGAGCGCCGCCAGGUCAUCGGUGCCCGCUCCCGUACGCAAGACCGCCGCUGCGCAGCCCGCUCCGACGUCCAGCAUUCGCAAGACGGCCAGCGCGCCGCGUGCUUCUCCCACUGGCCCACGCUGGUCACGCCGUUUCGUCACUGCUUCCACGCCUCUCAUCUCCGCAUACCAGUCGCUGUCAGGCCUCGACAUCUCGCGUGCUCCCGACGCCCGCAUGCUCGCCGUUUCACCUCUACUUUUCGUCGUGCCGCUCUCCGGGCCCGGCGGCCGCCUCGGCGUGCAUCGCCUGGCGCAGACGGGCAGGUUGCCUGCAGCACUGCCUGCCCUCUCUUCAGGCGCGGCAGUGCUGGACUUCUGCGUCGAUCCGUUUGGCGACGCGCGAGUCAUCGCAGCGGCAGAAGAUGGCAAGGUGCGCGUGUGGGAGGUCGCUUCGCAGGCAGGCGAGACGCAGCCCAGCCUGACGCUGCAGUUGCCCGGCGCCUCUCGACCCGGAGAGAUUGCGCCUCAUCCGCGAGCCGAGGGACUCUUUGCCAUUGCGCCGACCGACGCCGAGGGUCAGCUGCAUCUUCUCGACAUUCGUUCUUCCGCAUCCUCGCCGCUCGCCUCGCUCGACGUGCCCGGCGGCGGAGCCUUCUCGCUGGCGUGGCGUGCCGAUGGCCUUCAUCUGGCGCUCGCAUGCAAGGACCGCAAGCUGCGCGUCUUUGAUCCUCGCACAGGCUCGAGCAUCGCAGAGGUGGCCGCACAUGCCUCGCCUCGCUCCUUCCGCGUCAUCUGGCUCGACGAGGCGCACCUGCUUUCCGUGGGACACGGCGCGGGGUCCGCGCGUGAGCUUCAGCUCUUCAAGUUCUCCGCUGCCGCCGGCUUGACUGCCGUGGCAUUUACCACGCUCGAUGUGUCGCCCGCCGUGCUCUUCCCUCACUGGGACGGCGACUCGCAGGUGCUCUUCCUCUGCGCCAAGUCCGAGCCUGUCGCAGCGUACGAGGUGCGCGUCGAUGCUCCUCGGCCUGCCGAUGUCUUCGCUGCGCUGCCUGCCUUCCAGCAUGGCCAGCCUCAGCUCGGCCUCGCCUUCCUGCCGAAGCAAAGCUGCGACGUGCAGGCCGUCGAGGUGGCAAGGGCGCUGAGGCUGACCAAGUCGGAGCUGAUGAUGGUCUCGUGGCGCGUGCCGCGCGCAAGGCCGGAGCUGUUUCAGGAUGACGUCUUCCCGCCGACGCGCGUGCUGCAGGCGGCGACAACGGCGAGGGCAUGGAUGGAGGGUGAAGAUGGCGCAGAGGACUCGUACGAGGACCUGUGUCCCGAGGGCAUGCAGCCACUCUCACAGGCAGCAGCGCCAGUCAGCAAGUCGACGCACGUCAAGGGCUAUGUGGCGCGCGAAGAGACGGAGUCGGAGCGUUCCGAGCGCGUGCUCAGCUCCGUCUUCGCAAAGGCAAAGAUGGAUGAGAAUGAGGGCCCCAAUGCUCGCAUCAACGCGGCGGCGAGAAGAGCGCCGAGCGAUGAUGGCUGGGGUUCGGACUGAGCUCAGGAGCGUAGAGAGCGCCGCAUGUCCGCGCGCGCGAUGAAAUACACGGACUGCUCUAUUUGUGUUCAUUGCUCACCUACUCAC